UUGUGCCAGCAGCACGUGCUGGCUGACCCUGACUACUGCAGUGUACUUGAGCCGCGUCUUCUUUCUUUGGAGGGAGAUCAACUUCAGGACCUCCCACCACCUCCAUCGUCAGCCAGUGAUACUGAAUUUAGGAGUAAGCUGUCGUCUGACAUCCAAGAUCACAACUACUGUCGCCAAUUAGCACCCAAUCCCCCAGGGGUAACCCAAGACCUCACGUCCGAACCAGUUAGAGAUAUCACACAGAAUGCUGUGAGUGAUGAAACCUGCAACUUGGCAAGUCAGGAGCUGUUUUCACAGGGCGAUGAUGAUCGUGUAGCCACAACGAACCGCUGUGCAGAUGACCCUCCAGUCAGCCUCCCUGUUCUCUCAGAUAUUGGCUGCCAAACUGUGUUUCCUGACACUCGAGAACGGUCAACUUCCACUUUAGCUUUGGCAAACUCUUCUAUUCCAUCAGACAGCGACAUUGAGAGCUCACUGAGGAGUUACGUGGAUGGUAUCCUUGGAAGGGAUGACCUGCCAGUGGCCACUCUGUGGAAACUGCACCAGCAGCUCAUGUGUAGUCUCUUCAAGGUUUCUGAAAAGUUGCGUGCAGAAAACUCCUAG